CACUGACGUCUACAGCUUCUCUUCACGGCAGCAGACUCGCAGCAGAGUCGCUCAAAAGAGCCAAUGGCAUCCAUGUCUUACUACAACCCGAUCUCCGUGCUACGGCAACGUGGUUGCACAGGCUCUAUACGUCCAAUAAUGACGGCGAGAGUAAGCAAGAAAGCGUCAUUCAUCAGUGAUCGCAGGACUCCCGCACAGGUACAUAUGGAGCCAAGCGAGCUGUUAGAUAGUGCAGCAAACUGUUCCGUGUCGGAGGCCUGACGUAACGAGGAAAGGAAGAAGCAAGGUCCCUUAUAAUAUCCCCGCCACUCAGUCUUCAUCAUGCACGCCAACAAACUACAACACGAUACCAACAAUAUGGCUCCAUCAGCAACCAACGGCGCUCCAGACGGUAGUGUGAAGGGCGAUCUGUAUCGCGACUACUCCGAUGACAGGAACGCGUCCUCCGAAGACACAGUUUACUGCACGUCAAAUGGCGUGCCUGUGGCUCAUCCAUACGAGACCCAACGCGUGGGCGAAAAUGGACCUCUGCUGCUGCAGGAUUUCCAUCUGAUCGACCUUUUGUCACACUUCGACCGCGAGCGAAUUCCUGAGCGUGUUGUUCACGCUAAGGGUGGUGGUGCACAUGGCUACUACAAGACAACCGACUCCAUGGAGGAUCUCUGCGAGGCCGAUAUCUUCAAGGCUGGCAAGCAGUGCCCGAUCACCGUCCGAUUCUCAACAGUUGGAGGAGAGUCGGGUUCGCACGACUGUGCUCGUGAUCCCAGAGGUUUCUCUGUCAAGUUCCGCACAGAAGAGGGUAACUGGGACAUGGUGGCAAACAACACUCCCGUGUUCUUCUUGCGAGAUCCAGCGAAGUUCCCACACUUCAUUCACACACAGAAGCGUGAUCCAGCUUCACACUUGACCCAUGCGGACGAUUCGACGAUGUUCUGGGACUACCUCUCACAGAAUCCUGAAUCAGUGCACCAAGUCAUGAUCUUGAUGGGUGAUCGUGGUAUUCCCGAUGGUUGGCGAAAGAUGCAUGGAUAUGCUGGCCACACCAUGAAACUGGUGAACAAGAAUGGCGACUGGGUGUAUGGACAGAUGCAUAUGAAGUCUAAGCAAGGAACAUCUUUCAUCACACAAGCAGACUCUGCCAAUUACUCGCCAGACUAUGCUCAGCAAGACAUGUUCAAUGCUAUCGAGAAGGGCGACUUCCCAGGCUGGGAUGUCUGCUGGCAGACUAUGACCCCGAAGGAAGCCGAGGAUCUCUGGGAGACUGACAAGAUCAACGUUUUCGACCUUACGCAUGUGUGGCCGCAGAAGAGGUUUCCUCUUCGCAAGGUCGGAGAGUUCUACUUGAACGAGAAUGUCAAGAACUACUUUGCCGAGAUCGAGCAGGUUGCCUUCAACCCAGCACACAUGCCACCUGGAAUUGAGCCAAGUGCAGACCCAGUCCUGCAGUCACGAUUGUUCUCGUACCCAGACACACACCGUCACCGCAUUGGCGUCAACUACCAACAACUGCCAGUCAACGCACCUCGAGUGCCAUACAGAAUGUCUAACUUCCAACGAGACGGUGCGAUGGCAUUCAACAACCAGGGCUCACGACCAGCCUACUUGAGCUCUAUUCAACCCGUGGGCCUUCGUGAGCGUCCUGUCAACCUUGACAAGACCCACGGCCACUUCACCGGCAAUGCGGUUACCUUCUUGUCAGAGAUCCGACCUGAAGACUUCAAUGCACCACGUGCCUUGUGGGAAAAUGUGUUCGACGAUGAUGCGAAGUCCCGAUUCAUCGAGAACGUCUCUGGCCACAUGGGCAACUGCCACAAGGAAGAGAUCAUCAAGCGCCAGAUUGCCAUCUUCCGGGAAGUCUCCGAGGACUUGGCCAGCCGGCUUGAGAAGGCCACUGGCGUGAAGGGUUACGCUGGCAUUGCUGGACUUCAAUUCCAAGGAAGUCACAAUGGAAUGGCUUCUGAUAAGAAGAAUGCGACUGCUAAUGGAAUGGGCGAAGAUGCGGCAGUGUCGAAGGGUAACAACGGUGGACCUGUGAAGGGUACUCACCACAAGAUCUGCUAAGUUAUUUGCACAUAAACUGGCUAUUGUAUGUACUACUUGACGAAUUACGAGCUAGAUGAGAUCAAUGAAGCUGUGCUUCUUUAUGCACAUAG